CAGCGUAGACCACCUCAACAUCCCCGUCAGUUCAAUCUUCUGGACGCCGUCUUCCAUCAAAAUGACCUGAUGUUGCACAUAGCCGGACUGCUGCCCAUCAAGGACUUCAUCAGCCUCUACUGCAUAAGCAAGAGGUUUCACUUUCUCGUCAACAGCCAUUACACGACGUACAUGAAAGCGCUAGCGCGCGCGAACGCUCCCAACGCCAUGAAAGUCUACCCAGCAGCGGCAUACCAGAGCCUCUGCAUCCGCGACCCGGUCCUCCGCGCCCACCCCCAAAACAAAGCCGAGCCGCGCUGGGUCCCGGGCCUACGCUGGGUGCAAAUGAUCGCGUACCGCGAACAGGUGGUGCACGACAUACUGCUCUGCAUGGCGAUGGAAGGGCACCACUUCCCCCCAUUCAUACCGAUCGUGAUCAUGAAGAUCUGGGCGCUGCUCGACCACGGGUGGAACGGGCCACGGGUCGCGCUGGUGCACGACGAGACACUAUUCCCGGACGCGAUCCUCUUGGUGGGGCUGAUGUUCUUCAUCAAGCUCGACAUGCGCUUCUCGGACCCGGUCAAGGGCAACGGCGAGACGUCAAUACGCCGGCUGAUGCUCGCGCAGCGCAGCCUCACGGUCUUGAACCAGGUGCUGCGCCGCCAGUGCCUGACCAGCCGCCUCGAGAUGCUGCAGAUGAUGGUGCGCCACGACCACAAGCCGCUGAUAGCUAAUACUAAGAAACUGCCUAUCAUGGGCGUGCCGGCGGAGCUGGUUGGUGGCCUUAGCAGAGAGGGCUGGGGCACGGGCAAGAACCGCUUGCUGCGGCCUGAUGAGCUCAUUCUGCGUGAGUGUGUUCGCCGUAAGCUCGCCGUGCAUCGCGCUUUUGCCGACUACAUGGUCUGGGGCUACACGGACUAUAACACGAUGAAGGAGGUCGGGGUGCCGGACUUGAAG